CCUUCAAACGGGAGAGGCAAAGACCACACAGAGGGACCAGAACAAUGUCUGUCUCCCAGAUCACCCCCACGCUCUUCCUGAGUGGGGCUGACGCUGCUCUCAACCAGGCCUUGGUCAACCGCAAAGGCAUAACCCUCAUCAUCAAUGUCACGCUGUCCCACUCCUGCCCCAUCUACCCGGGGGUGGAGUGUGUCCGUGUCCCUGUGUCUGACCUGCCCCAUGCCCGCCUCGGGGACCACUUUGACCGCGUGGCGGCACGCAUCCACGGCAACCGGUGCGGGGGCACACUGGUGCACUGCGCAGUGGGCUUGAGCCGCUCGCCGGCACUGGUUAUGGCCUACCUCAUGAAGCACAAGGGGCGGACGCUGCGGCAGGCCCACGGCCAAGUGCAGGAGAGCCGGCCCGCCAUCCGCCUCAACGCGGGCUUCUGGGAACAGCUGCUGGACUAUGAGAGGAGGCUCUACGGCAAGAACACGGUGAAGGUGGCAGCCCCUUUGGAGCCCAUCAUGCCCGCCAAGCGCCCUGUGGGUGCUCUCAGAUAUGGAUGUGAGCGAGUUGGCAGAGCCCCCAUCAAAUACUACUCUGAGUGGUGAGAGAGAUUACAUCUUUCUGCACACCACUCCAACAGACAACAGGAUCUCUGGGUCAGAGUCCGGAAGCAGAAGGAUGAGCUGCGGCUGAUUUUGCUGAUCAGUGGCCAUGUUUCAUUUGGAAUCCUUCAGCAGAAGACAAAGGGCAUUUUGUAGUAUAUUUUAGUGUAAAAGUGACGGAGUGUGCUAGAACAUCUGUCUUUCCCAAUCAAUGGCAUCCCAAAAUACACAACAGUGAGAUGUAACACACAUGGUGUGCACAACAGCGCAUGUCUUAUUGCAAAUGUAUUGCACCUUUAAUUGGUUUCAAAGCUGUUGGUUUGACAUCCACUGUGCAACAGGGUCGGAAUUUUCAUACAUCACUCCAGAAUUACAUUCUCAUACAUUCAGCCAGAAUUGUGUCAUAAAUUCACUGGCAACAAAGUGAAAGGAGAUGAAUGAGUUUUGUGUCUCGGUUGUAGAGUAGUACCAGUUUGCAAAUUCAGAUGGCUGAGACAAAAUACUCAGGACUCAUGUCUCAAAUAUUGACCAUUCAUCUCUAAAAACUAUCUGGAAGUAGGAGAGCUAGGAGAUUCCUAAAUGAUGCACUCACGGUCUUCCCAGACACAGUCAAAGCUUAGGAUGAAAGGGGUUCAUUUUUAUAAUACUUAUUCUAUUGACUUUAAAGCCAUUGUCAGAACCUACCUCAGCCAACCAAAAAAAAAACCUUAUUUGUAUACAGUUGAAAGGGGUUAAUGUAGAACAUUUAGCUUUUUACAGUACAUGUGGCUGCUGAAUGGAUGAAUCGUCUCAAGUUACAUUUGGAGUCCAGAGCUUUUUCCAAAAAAGGACAAAUAAUUGAUGAAAUUUGUCAUGCUUGAUGGAUGUUGAUGCAUCAGUAAUUAUGUCAUUAUGUAACAAUAAUCCUGCUAUCACCAAUUAA